UAGAAAAGUUUUUAUAGGCCUUUCACUAGAAAUAUGGCGGAUAGAUCAUUUUUAUUUUACAUUUUUCUGUCAAUAGGGAUAAUAAUUUUAUUUUUUCAUGGUAGAAUUAAAAAAAAAAAUAAAAAUAAAAAAACGAAAACGGAAGUCCCAUUUAUAGUACGUAUGUGUUACGCUAUACUCACGCGACUGUGUUGUCUAAAUUCGCCUGUGGGGGAGAAAAAUCCUGUUUCCGUCAUCAUGGUGAUGUUUCCAAGUUCGUUGACUGAGGAGGAAGAAGCUCUACAAAAGAAAUAUGCAAAACUAAAGAAAAAGAAAAAGGCGCUGGUUGCCUUAAAGAAGCAGCAGAGUUCAACCAGCCAAACCAGCCAGAGCGGCCUAAAACGAACUUUAUCGGACCAGCCGGUCGUUGACACGGCGACAGCAACAGAGCAAGCAAAGAGGCUGAUAAAAUCUGGGGCCAUCAGUGCCAUUAAGUCUGAGAACAAGAACUCUGGAUUCAAACGAUCCCGAAUGCUGGAAAUUAAACUCAAGGACCCAGAAAAAGGACCGGCUCCUGCUUUCUUACCUUUUCAAAGGAGUGUCUCCACGGAUGAUGACCAACCUGAGUCUGGAAAGAGAGCCCAGAGGAAAUCCCUGUAUGAAAGCUUCGUCAGUUCCAGUGACCGAUACAGGGAUGAGGAUGAUGGCGGCGGCAGCAGCGGCGGCGGCGGCAUGUCUUCCAGCCGUGAUCCGGACAGAGAGAGAGACCGAGAGCGUGACCCGGACAGAGAGCGGGAGCGGGAGCGGGAUCGGGAUCGAGACAGGGGCCGGGACAGAGAGAGAGACAGGGACGCGGAAAGGGAGAGAGACCGGGACCGGAGCAGGGAGCGGGAUCGAGAGCGCGACAGAGAGCGGGACAGGGACCGAGAGCGGGAGCGAGACCGAGAGAGAGACCGAGACCGAGACGGGCCUUUCAGACGGUCCGACUCGUACCCCGAGCGAAGAGGGGUCCGAAAGGGGAACACGGUGUACGUGUACGGGUCCGGGCUGGUGGAGGACAGCCUGCGCUCAGCCUUCACUCAGCAUGGAAACAUCAUUGACCUCUCCAUGGACAACCCACGCAAUUGUGCGUUCAUCACGUUUGAGAAGAUGGAAUCUGCAGACCAGGCUGUAGCUGAGCUGAACAACAGCGUCGUCGGAGACGUUCACAUCAAAGUCAGCAUCGCGCGGAAGCAGCCCAUGCUCGACGCCGCCACCGGCAAAUCCGUGUGGGCCUCUCUGGCCGUCCAGAACAGCACCAAAGGCUCGUACCGGGACAAGAGGAACCAGGUGGUGUACAGCGAAGACUUCCUGUGAGCGGCUCCAAGCACAUUUUUAUCUUUUAAGUUGCCGUGUGGCAGAUUGGAGCUAAAACUAGAAUUUUGUUGAGUUUAAUAAAAAAAAUCUGUUUAAA